AUGGAGAAGCCGUGCAGCACCCGUACAAAUACACUAGUGAAAGUAGGCACCAGACGGUCAAGAUGGUGUUCAACUUGUCUGGCAUGUCUACCAAGUCCUGGGAAAAUCUUCAGUUCGGUUCCAGCCUAUUUGUGUUAUAAUCUUAUCGUAAUCGCCCUUGCAGCGGUGGCCAUCUCUCACAUAGAAAACUCCGGAAGAGACUCUGUGAUCCCAAACUACAAUACCACAGAAAUGAGACACAAACUUGUGGUACUAUCGUGUGGUAACGAAACCACAUGCAUUGACAUCAUAACGAUGUAUCUGGCUAACCAUACCAAGGGCGAAUAUAUACACGAUGCUAUAUUGGAUUAUGAAAUGAAACUGACCAAGGCCUUUGAGGCAGGGUACCGACUUGGGGCGUCUGGGCAAUGGGAGCCUCCGCCCACUUGGUCUUUCUGGAGUGGGAUAUACUUCGUGGCCACUGUCGUUUCCACUAUAGGUUACGGAAACAUUGCCCCAAAGACAGUAUGGGGUCGCGUGAUGACUAUGUUUACCGCUAUUAUCGGAAUACCACUGACACUCGUUCUGCUGGCUAAGGUUGCAGAUCGCGUCUGUGCUGCAUUGCACAAACUGUACAAACUAACAAAUAAAAUACAUUGCUGCAUACCAAAAUGCCGUCGGGAAAAACCACGGAAAAAACCAAGAAACCAACCAAAAGAUCGGGUGAUACAAACAACAUCAAGGUAUGGUCAAACGACAAGUAUGCAACUAGUUGACGUCAUCUCCGAAGAAGACCAGGUUUGGGAACCCAGAACCACGCGGUCUGAUUGCAACGCAGGAAACGUCCAAUCCAUCUCGUGCGUAAGUGUCAGAACCCAAACCGAAAAAAUAAAAAAACGUAAAACGUACAUCCCCGUCUACUGGGCCGUGACAAUCCUCUUCCUGCACCUGUUGCUGGGAACGAUCCUUUUCUCUCUGUGUGAACCGUGGACGUACUUCGAAAGUUUCUACUUCAGUUUUAUCACCAUCACCACUAUCGGACUAGGGGACAUUGUUCCUUCAAUAACUAACGAACUCCCUAUACUGGUGGCCAGAGAUUGUUACAUCAUUCUGGGCCUGGUAGUUAUGUCUAUGGCAGUAAACGUCAUCGCCAUGAAGAUACAUAAGGGUGAAGAUUAUGGCGACAGUGACGAUGACGAUGAGGAAGAAGAAGACUCAGGGCACAGCAAAGAUGAUGAUCCGAGAUAAGAAAUAAAGAAAUACAAGGGAAAGGGAAAGAGAGGAUUAUGGAAACAAUAAAGAAAAUAAAGACAGGGGCGAAAAAGAAUGAGGACAACCAGAAGAACCGUCCGUCGUGAGACAUAAAAGAUACGCUAGAGAAAUACAUGUACGAAGGCUUAAGAAUCAAGAGAAUGAAGAAUGGAUUCGUGAUAGGCCUAAUGAUUCGACAUCAAACGUUGGCAAAAUACUUGAAUUGGCGGCCCGGUGGGGAAUUCUAAGAGUGAAAUAUGAGAUUAAAACAUCCUGAGACUUGUCACUGUGAUUGUUUUAUAUGCAUUAUUGAUAUAGAGACCCUACGGUCGAUCAACUGUAUCAAGUUUUAACUGAAAGGCAGCACAGAAUUAAGUAAUUGAAACAAUACUUUUUUAUUGACUUCAGACGAUGCAACUUUGAUGUGCAUUAUAGUGCAAGUGACAGUGACAUGUUCGAACAUGACACAAAAUACUUAUC